AUGUCCAGGCAUCUACCUCAGGAGCUUAACGAUGAAAUCAUGCAUUACCUCUGGGACGACACUUUGGCGCUAAAAUCAUGUUCACUUGCCUGCCGGUCGUUCCGCAAAAUAUGCCAAAGGUUCUUGUUUUCGAGCAUCGUUAUCUACCCACCGUCGUACAGAAAACAAUGGAUAUCCACCGCGUUUCAAGAUCUUCUGGAAUCCUCACCUCACCUCGCACAAUAUGUACGAUAUCUGAAUGUAAUCGACCGCCAUACUGCACCCAAGGUUUCCGACGAAUGGUUGUCGAGAGACACGGCUCUCGUUGCUUGUCUACCGCAACUCCUAAACCUCCGGGGUUUGGUCAUACAAUAUCAAAAAUAUUACUACUACAACAUCCCAGGCGUCUGGUCGCAAAUGAUGCGUUCUGGAUUGGUUGCUGCCAUAUACGAGGUUAUGCACCUGCCGAAAUUCAGAUUUUUAGAUUUGACGGGAUUUCCACUUGACCUGGUGAAGUACUGCCCGAACCUACGCCACCUCGCCGUCGACGACCCAAUAUUAAUCAAAGUCAAUUUGGGACACAUUGACAAUACCACAUUCCAAAAAAUCCAGCUGGAAUCGCUUGAGGUAUUCGCUCACGAGAUAUAUUCCCUGCAGAUUAUUCCAGACGCGGACACAUUUGACUACAAAUAUCCUGAGGCGUUCGUGAAGCUCUGCAACGAAAGUAUUGAUAUCACCCAGCUGAAACGGCUGCACGCAAGCGCUGAAGGGUGCAGUCAGGCGGGCGGACAUGGAUUGCUCGCGUACAUCAUGCACGCAUGCGCAGAGUCUCUCCAGGAACUCGUAUUCUCUCCUUCGAACGGCAUUUCGUGGGGAGGCGAAAAAACAGAAACGAUCGACUGGGGUGCGAUGACCGCGCUCCGCAAGCUCGACGUGAGCUUCACCUGGGAAGGCUCCGACGGCGGGUACGAUUACACUGGUCCAUGGCCCUGGUUCCUAAGCGUCUGCGGACAACUCUUCCCGCCUAACGUUGCCUCCACGCUCGAACAGUUUAAUCUACACAUUAAAUACGACGUGGAGGACAACGACCCGUCCCUUGGACUCGGACCAAUCCCCGACGCUACGUUCUCAGGUUCCUCUGAGUCGCCGGUUGGGCACUCGGAUGACAAUUGGCGCGUGCUGCUCGAUAUACUGGGCGACCGCAAGCGCCUCCCACGCUUAUAUAAAGUUGAUAUCCAGCUUUCGGCGUACGGGAAGGACAUGAGCCAGCGGAUUUCGACAGGACUUUCACAAUUGAUCAGAAACAUGCCGUCCGUGCAGCCCACUUUAUCUGUCACUGUCCUAGAAGGCAUGUGUUGA